GCCGAGGAACGCUCUCGGAUGAGCACGCCGGCAUCAUCUACGUCCUGGCGCAGGAGGCAGCCAAGCUGGCUUCUCAACCGCCUCAGUGCUGUUCUUGUUCUAGGAAUAUCCUGAUCCAGAAGCACGAAAGCAUCACUGUGGCAGUGCACAAGCUGGCGUCCUGA